AUGUCUGGAGCAGCACGAGCCGUUGGUGUGGCCGCCGCUGUUCCAGCCUUCCUCGACAGAGCAGCGCCGUCUCGAGCAGCACGGACCACCAGUGUGGCCUCUUCUGGUCAAGCAUUCUUCGACAUAACAACGACCACUGGAGCAGCACAGGCCUCCACUUCGACUUUUUCGACAGUGCAGCGACAUCUGGAGCAGCACGGGCCGCCAUUGUGGCCGCCACUGUUCCAGCCUUCCUCGACAGAGCAGCAACGUCUGGAGCCGCACUUGCCGCCAUCUCUGUUCCAGCCUUCCUCGACAAAGCAACGACGUCUGGAGCAGCACUUGCCACCGGAAUGGGCAUUUCUGUUCCAGCCUUCCAUGACAGAGCACCGACAUUUCCUCGAGAGAGCUGUGACGUUUGGAGCAGCACAGGCCGCCAUUGUGGCCGCCUCUGUUCCAGCCUUCCUCGACAGUGCAGCGACGCCUGGAGCAGCACAGGACGCCGAUGUGUCAGAUACUGUUCCACUCUUACUCGACAGAGCAGCGACCUCUGGAGCACUACGGGAAACCGCCUUUUUCGUCAAAGCAGCGACGUCUAGAGCAGCACAGGCCGACGAUGACGCCGCCUCUGUUGCAGCCUACCUCGACAGAGAAGCAACGUUUACAGCAGCACGGGACGACAGUCUUUCCUCGACAGAGCAGCGACGUCUGGAGCAGCACGGCCUUCCAUUGACGACACCUCUGUUGCAGCUUUCCUCGACAGAGCAGCGACGUCUGGAGCAGCACAAGGCCCCCAGUGUCGCCGCCUCAGUUCUAGGCUUCCUCGACAGAGCAGUGACGUCUGGAGCAGAAAGUGCCGCCGGUGUGGUCAUGUCUCUUCCAGCCUUCCUCAACAGACCAGCGACGACUGGAGCAGCACAAGCCGCCGGUGUGGCUGCCUCUUUUCCAGCCCUCCUCGACACAGCAGCGACAUCUGGAGCAGCAUGGGCCGCCAGUGUAGCCGCUCAUGUUCCAGCCAUCCUCGACAGAGCAGCGACGUCUGGAGCAGCACAGGCCCCCGGUGUCGCCGCCUCAGUUCCAGGCUUCCUCGACAGAGCAGUGACCUCUGGAGCAGCACGGAACGCCAUUGGGGCUGCCUCUGUUCCAGCCUCAGUCUACAGAGCAGCAACGUCUGGAUUAGCUUGGGCCGCCAGUGUGGAAGCCUCUGUUCCAGCCUUCCUCGAAAGAGCAGCAACGUCUGGAGCAGCACAAACCAUCUGUGUGGCCGCCUCUGUUCAAGCCUUUUUCGUCAGAGCAGCGACGUCUGGAGCAGCACUUGACGCAAGAAUGGCAAUCUCUGUUCCAGCCUUCCUCGACAGAGCAGAGACGUCUGUGUCAGCACGUGCUACCAAAGUGGCUGCCUCUGUUCUAGCCUUCCAAGACAGAUCAGCAAUGUCUGGAGCAACACGGGCCACUGGUGGGGCUGCCUCUGUUCCAGAUUUUCUCGAUAGAGCUGUGACGUUUGGAGCAGCACAGGCCGCCAUUGUGGCCGCCUCUGUUCCAGCCUUCCUCGACAGAGCAGCGACGUCUGGAGCAGCACUGGCCGCCAGUGUGGCCACCACUGUUCAAGCCUUCCUCGGCACAGCAGCGACGUCUGGAGCAGCACUUGCCGCCACCGUGGCCGCCUGUGUUCCAGCCUUCCUCUACUUAGCAACGACGUCUGGAGCAGCACCUGCCGCCGGUGUUACCGCCUCAGUUCAAGCCUUCCUCAACACAGCAGCGACGUCUGGACCAGCAAGUGCCGCCACCUUACUCGACACAGCAGCGACGUCUGGAGCAGCAUGGGCCGCCAGUGUAGCCGCCCACGUCCCAGCCAUCCUCGACAGAGCAGCGACGUCUGGAGCAGCACAGUCCCCCGGUGUUGCCGCCUCAGUUCCAGGCUUCCUCGACAGAGCAGUGACGUCUGGAGCAGCACAGGCCGCCGGUGUGGCCGCCUUAGUUCCAGGCUUCCUAUACAGAGCAGCAAUGUCUGAAUCUGCACGAGCCGCCAGUGUGGCCGCCUCUGUUCCAGCCUUCCUCGACAGAGCAGCGACGUCUGGAGCGGCACGGCCUUCCGUUGACGACGCCUCUGUUCCAGCAUUUCUUGACAGAGCAGCGACGUCUGGAGCAGCAUGGGCCGCCGUUCUAAGCGCCUCUGUUCCAGCCUACCUCGACAGAGAAGCGACGUUUACAGCAGCUCGGGACGACAGUGUGGGCGUGACUCUCCCAGACUUCCUCCAUAGAGCAGCGACGUAUUUAACAGCACGGGCCGUCCGAAAUGGUCGCUUCUGUUCCUGUUUUCCUGGACAGAGCAGCGACGUCUGCAGCAGCAAGGACUUCCAUUGA